CAUUACUUCCGGUUAUUAACAGACGAAGUUCGAAAAUGUUGAUGAUGUCUGACAUGGGAUGCUGAAGUAUCAAUAAUGGGAAACCAGUUGACAGGGAUAGCACCGUCUCAGAUCCAGCCGGUGGAGCAGUACCUCAAUGAUAUAGCAGAGUAUGAUUUUGAAACAAGCCUUGGAAGCACGAGAUUCUUCAAAGUAGCUAGAACUAAAACAAAGGAGGGAUUGGCAGUGGUCAAAGUGUUUGUGAUACAUGAUCCUUCAUUACCACUCGCAGAACACAGAACUAGGUUAGAGGAUAUUCGUCUUCGGCUCCAUGGAACUUCAAACUGUUUGCCUUUCCAAAAAGAUGUGCAAUCGGACAAAGCAGCCCUAUUGUUCCGUCAGUAUAUCAAAGACAGUCUAUACGAUCGUAUCAGCACACGGCCAUUCCUUAACACCAUGGAGAAAAAGUGGCUGGCCUUUCAGUUGUUAUGUGCCUUAAACCAAUGCCACAAACUAAAGGUGUGUCAUGGAGACAUCAAGGCAGAGAAUGUGAUGGUGACGGGAUGGAACUGGUUAUUACUCACCGACUUUGCCAGCUUUAAACCUACAUACUUACCAGAGGACAAUCCAUCUGACUUCUCAUACUUCUUUGACACAUCACGAAGACGGACAUGUUACAUUGCUCCAGAAAGGUUUGUGGAGGGUGGCCUGAAGAACCUCGAGAGUGGAGGACAGACUGGUAACCUUGACCUUGCCUCUACCAGUGAGGUGAAGGCCGGGGAGCUGGCCCCACCCAUGGACAUAUUCUCAGCAGGGUGUGUGAUUACGGAGCUGUUCACUGAAGGUACGGCCCCGUUCGACCUCUCACAGCUGUUAUCGUAUAGACAUGGCGAGUACAGCCCGUGGAAAGUUCUGGAGAAAAUAGAAGACACAAGCAUUCGGGACCUGGUACGACACAUGAUAAAAAAGAACCCAGCACACCGGAUGUCUGCUGAGGAAUACCUUAUACAACAGAGAGGGAAAGCUUUCCCGGAAUAUUUUUAUACAUUCCUUAAACUUUACGUACAGAGAUUCGCUACAACACCUAUACUUCCUCCAGAUGACCGGAUCAACAGAUUGAAGCGAGACUACGAUCAAAUUGUGAAGAACCUAUGUCUGGACGAAAAGAAUCUUGACCAAAAUACAGGACUAGUGUUGAUUAUAUGUCUGUUGGGGUCCAGUGCUAGAAAACUACACUUUUGCAGUACAAAGUUGAUUGCGUUAGAACUCUUGCUGAAGUUUUCCAAGUUUCUCACACCAGAUGUCACUCUGGACAGAAUCAUUCCAUAUAUGUUGUUUUUCACAAAUGACCGAUCAGCGCGAGUGAGAGCGGAGACGAUCAGAGCUAUAACACAGUGUUUGGUUGGUAUAAAGUCUGUCCCUCGGAGUGAUGCUAAUGUUUUCCCGGAGUAUAUUUUCCCUAAUUUGACACAUCUGACACAAGAUCCUGCUACUAUGGUAAGAGCUACGUAUGCCGAGAACAUCGCUCAGCUGGCGGAGACGGCUCUAGGUGUACUGGAAAUGAUGCAACUACAAGAACUGGAGGAGAGUGUUGAGAACGAGAACGUAGAUUCUGAGGGCGCCCUCUUUCAGGCCAGCUAUGACAUGGAGCUGCUGUCACUGCAGGAAACUAUACAACAGAAGGUCGUGACAUUACUUAGCGACUCGGACAACGUAGUGAAGCAAGCUCUCCUGGAGAAUGGGAUCACUAGACUCUGUGUGUUCUUCGGCAGGCAGAAAGCAAAUGAUGUUCUGUUAUCACACAUGAUUACGUUCCUCAAUGACAAGACUGACUGGCAUCUGCGUGGUUCAUUCUUCGGUAACAUAGUGGGUGUGGCAGCUUAUGUCGGCUGGCAAAGCUCCUCGAUUCUUAAGCCUUUACUGGAACAGGGCCUAAGUGACCCAGAGGAGUAUGUGGUACAUAAGAGUCUGGGUGCUCUGAAGUCUUUAACAGAACUGGGACUGAUUCAGAAGACAAUGCUCCAGGAGUUUCUACAUGAGAUAGUGCCUUUCCUGGCCCACCCUGGGAUCUGGAUCCGCCAGGGAGCUGUAGGGUUUAUCUCAGCUCUAUCAAAGACGUUUAACAUUGCAGACAACCACUGUAAACUACUGCCCAGUCUCCAGCCGUUCAUUAACCAACCUAUACUACAGGUGGAUAAAGAGAUAUACCUGUUGAAUGCUCUGUCGGACCCAGUACCUAGACCAGUGUUUGACUAUGUGCUGAGAUCUAACACGCUUGACCGGCUAUUUGACAUGCUCCAGAAGAGACAGUACAUGAGGAGACAUGGACACAAGCUGUCCUACCCUGAACUGGACGAGACCAUGUCACUGAUUUUCAGGAAGCUGAUAUCAUUUGGUAUGACCGAGGCACAUGAAGACAAAGUCUUUGCUAUGAAGGAAUACAUUUUGAAACUACACAGAGCCAGAGCUGGAUCAUCAGAAAACAACAGUUCUAGUGAGUCCAGUGACAGCUUUAAAUCAGGAAUGCUAUCUAUAGUUGGAAUGGGUCGGAGCAUAACACGCAGACAUGCUGAUUUACUGAAACCCAAGGAAAGCAAGGACACUCCUGCGACACCCCCACGAAGGAAGAAGAAGGUGCCCUCAGUUGAACCAUCAGUUUCUAUGAAUGCUGAAUGGAAAAGCAUGUUUGGUUCUAAUGAGUCUGCAGCAUCUCUCGGCUCUUCCCCUAAGUUGAAAUCAUCUGUGAAGUUGGACACACCAGACAAACGGUCUGUACUUACAGCUAGUACUGUCAGCCAAUCAUCUUCAUCCUCCUCAGGCAGUUUUGUCACCAUGUCACCAGGGCAGGUGAUGCUGUCAGAUCUGUCUAAAUCCUCACUGUCACAAAACCCAGAGAAAAGCUCCUACACGAGAUAUCAUCCAUGUAAGUUAGACCUACGUAACUUGGUCCACAAGCGGCGGGACCAGUAUUCCUCAGACGUACUCACCAAGGACCUACUCGAGAAUAUCGCCUGGGAAAGUCGACCCCCACCCAGUAACUGGAAACCCAAGGGACUCUUAGUAGCUCACAUGCAUGAACAUCGGGCAGCAGUCAACAGGAUACAAGUCUCACAUGACCACUUAUACUUUGCUACUGGAUCAAAUGAUGGCAAUGUGAAGAUCUGGGAGUGCGAGAAACUUGAAGGCAAAAGUGUGGCUAACCGGUCAAAACAGACUCUCAACAAACAAGGUGGCCACAUAAAGAGUUUGGUGUUCUGUGAAGGCUCACUGUCCCUUGCAUCUGCCUCUGAUAAUGGAACUAUAUACCUUUACAGAAUCGAGACAGGAAAAGCCAAUCUGAUCAAUGACAUACAAGUCAGCAAGGAAGAUUACGGUCAAGUGGUGGAUAUCACACAUUUUGAUACAGGUGCUCAGUCUGUGCUGGCUUAUGCUACAGUGAAUGGUUACCUGAUUGGACGAGACCUUCGCUGUAAUGAGGAGGUGUGGCGGCUAAAGAAUGAUCCAAAAACAGGUCUUAUCUCGUCCUUCGCGGUCCACCACUCUCAGUGCUGGCUGGCUGUGGGGACGAGUAGUGGUACACAUGUAUGCUGGGACCUAAGGUUUCAGCUUCCUAUAACCUCCAUUACUCACCCUACCGGAGCCCGUGUCCGCAAACUCAUAGUCCAUCCCAAAGAGCAGUCCUGGAUCAUAUCUGCCACUCAGGGUAACAAUGAGGUGUCGAUGUGGGAUGUGGAGACUGGCGCCAGGCAGAAGGCUCUUUGGGCCAGUACGGCACCUCCUCUUUCUCAGAACCAGACUAGUAGCCAUUCCAUCUACGGUAUGCACAUGGCGGUGACGGACAACAAUGUGUUUAUGCUGACCGGUGGUUCAGAUAUGAGGGCACGAUUCUGGGACAUCACAUACCCAGCUAACUCAUUCAUACUAGCCUCAGCCGCAGGAGACAACCAGCACACUGGGGCCAGCUACAGAUCAAGGUUAAUAGAUGGUACAGAGGUCAUACAAGAAACCUACACCAAGAAGCAGGUUAGCAAUGACGACAUUCCACGUCGGGGACCAGAAGCUCCGUCACAAGGUCACCAUGACAUCAUCAGUGACAUCAACCUUUGUCAGACAUCACAGUGUCUCGUCAUCACAGCGUCCCGCGAUGGUGUGGUCAAAGUCUGGAAAUGAGGAGACAAUCGUGAAAUAAAGAAAACUUAGUGUCAUGAGGAUAUGAUGUCUGAAGUGUCAUCAAAAAUAGGAAAUGAGGACAUCUUACUGUCAUCAAUGUGUUUUUUUUGUUUAAUAGUUUCAUCAGUCUUGAAACAAGGAGUCAUCAGGGUUUUGUGGAAACGGGAUGUUUCCUUUAACUGCAUGAAAUGUUCAAUACAUUUACGAACUUACGCUCUGUAAGAUGUAAAAGGACCAAUAAGCUUUAGUUAUGAUGAUGCUUUUUUUUCAAAAUUUGAUAGAUUUGACUCUGUUCAUGGAAGAGGCCAGAAGGAGUUGUGCAAUAGACUAUGAAUAAGUUUCUUGUAUAGAGUGAUGUUUAUUAAGAUUUCUUAAGACUGCUUCAUGUUGAACACUUUCUCUAUUGUGAUGCAUUUGUCUAUCAAUGAAACACAGGUGCACAUAUGUACCUGUUUAUGAUAAUGAAUACUGAAGGAAUUUGUUCAAACAUAUUUUAUUUGAAAUGUUCAAGAGGAAGCAAGGACUUUUUCACCUGACCAAGUAUGUAUAUGCUCUUCAUCAGUACUUUCCAUUGGGUUUACAACUUUGUUUGUUGUUGUUGGUUUUAUAACCUUCUGACCUGCCAGGGUAAUUUGAGGCUUAGCCUCAUUGUAGCAGCUGGUGGCUACUUCACUGAACAAUAUACGGAAGACCGAUCAUAUGCUAGAAAGAGUAGUUAAGAUUAAAUGUCUUGGACAAAGCCACAACAAUGACAACCCAGACAGGUCCAUUUAUGGGCUCCCCAAAACAUACACUGCCACAGGUAGGGAGCUCAAACCACCCACCUCAGAUCUUCACCGGAGGUUACAAGAUUGCUCUUCACAUAAAGCUAUACCAGUACUGUAAAUCUACAUGUUUUAGCACAUUCUGAUUUCAUUGAUGGGAAAUAUGAUUGGACUAAUUAUGUGUAACAUUUCUAUACUAUUUCUAUAACAAAAUAGAAUGUGGGUGCACCAAUUGCCAUUACACUUAUUUGUUAAGAUUUGAUAAUUAGUUAAAUUUGUGUUCACAAAAACACUCAGUACUUGAUUAUGUUUACAAUGUCUUCAGGAUCAUGAUGACUCUCAUAACGUGGUCUACACAGUACAGUACAUUUUACUGCGAAUAAUGAAUGAUUGAAAUACAAAAAAUGUUCUUCAUUGCAUGGCAGUUCUCAUUGACCCCUAUAUCAGAUACAAAGGUCAUUUUGUCCAACAUUUAAUGUCACAGCUCUAGUGUCAAGUGACAAUGAUGAUGUCAUCAUUAGAGUGUAUCCAUGGGGACAUUGAUAGUACAGCCUUCAAAAGGCUAGCCCAGCUGAUUUCCAUAUAAGGGGUAUUAAAAUGACAUGACAACAAAAUGGUUGGACCUAUAAAAUAGCUACAUCGUAUCUGACAUAAGGUAUGGCAUUUAUCAUCUAUACUGGUUACUGUGUGAAAUUUUGUGUUAUACAAUGUUCUUAAUGUAUGUAGUGAGAAAUUGUGCUUAUGUGGUUACAUGACUUGAAUGUACAUGUGUAUAUAAAAUAUAUAAUUGAUAGAGAGAAAGAGUAUAGAGGUACCAUAGAUAAUAUGUACCUUUAAUCCUUGUUUUAUUCAGAAAAGUGAAUAAGGUUGAAUGGUGCAUUGUACAACUGUGAUUUUUAACAAAUAAAUUAUGACAUUAGAUA